AUGGCGGAGGAGUGUGUCGUGCCGUCUGAAGUAAGCUGUGAAGAGAGCCCGCGCAACUGCAGCGCGUCUCUGCGUAUCCAGCGCAUGGAGUACCGAGUAAAGAAGAGGAACGCGUUGCAGCCAGAGUUCUUACAGGCCUUCACUGAGGUUUGUGACUCUCUGCGGCAGUUUCUCACAAAAAACCCGCAAUACAUCCCCGCGCUUGAAGCCAUAGCAGAGCCCGAUCGUCUCGUCACCUUCAGAGUGCCCUGGUUCGACGACAAGGGAUGUCUUAGAGUAAACUGCGGGUACCGCGUACAGUUCAGCUCGGCGAUAGGUCCCUGCAAGGGGGGCCUUCGUUUUCAUCCUUCUGUUUCUUUGUCUGUGAUUAAGUUUCUCGGCUUCGAACAAAUAUUUAAAAAUAGUCUGACAGGUCUACCCAUGGGCGGCGGAAAGGGAGGCGCUGAUUUUGACCCCAAGGGAAAAUCUGUAGAUGAAAUAAGACGUUUCUGUCAGCAGCAGCAACAGCAGCAGCAGCAGCAGCAGCAGCAGCAGCAGCAAUAG